AUGCGUUCAUACGAGUUUGUCACAAAUACACCAAUCAAGCUUGAUCGUCACAAAAGUCUUUUAGUCGAUGAUGUGGCGGUUGUUCGACGGACACCAAGUGUCGCAUCAUUGUCGCCGCCAUCAACUACAGGUUUGUUCAUAUUUGAGUUUAUACUAAUUUCACCCCAUUUCACUUCACUCUUUCACAAAAAAAAGUAAAAAGAAAAUAGUCAAGAAUAAAGUUAUAUUCCCAUGGGUCAUAUUGCUCUUUUUUGUGUGUUCUUGAUAGGAGGUCUGUUUUGUUGUGACAUACAUACAUAAACCAAAUUUUCGAAUAUGUAUGUAUGUACAUGGAAAAUUGUAAAACGAAAAGUUUUUGAAGAAUCUCAAAGAUUGAUGUGUAUAUGUAUUGAGUUGAGAACGUGGGUUGUUUUUGACGAGUUCUCUUCAACAUCAUAUUUAUUUUUGAAGAUGUUGUGGAUUUUAUGUUUGAAUCUUCUCACAGAAAAAUGACCGUUUACUAGAAGUGUAGAUUAGAUAAAACCAGAAUUUUCAUCAGGUUUUUUUCAAACUGAUUUUAACAAACCUAUAAUGAAGUGAAUUAUCUCGUGUUUGAAUUGGCAAAAAUUUGAACCCUAAAAUAUUUUUGCUGUUUCAGUUACCAUGAUUUGAAAAAAGUUAUAAUUCCCAGAAAAUGGAAAAUUUCCACAAAAAGUUAUCAGAACUCGAUUCCAGUGGUUACUGAAAUUUUCAGAAUAUUUUGUGAAAUUGCUUCCGCAGGGACAAGCAAAUCAACUAGUUCUCAUAACCUGCAGAAUAAAACCCAAAACAUAGAAAUAAAAUAAAAAUGAAACGAAAGUUGACGUUGUUCCAAUUCAUUUUCUUCAUUUCAAUCAUCCCCCACUAAAACUAAUCAACGCGCCGGAAUAUGUAAAUGAAUAAGUGGAUUUUUUUCUGUCUCUAGUAUCCGAUAAGUACCACUACUAUCCGCCUUAUUGUUUUUAUAUAAAUAAAUAAAUAAAUAAACAUUGAAAAUUGCAGAACAAAAAGUGUUCGUUUAUAAACUUGUUAACUUUUGAAAAAGAAAGAACUUCCGGAAAGAAAUUCGAUUGUUUUAUUUCAUUUCAUUUCAAACUGAAUUUUGAGUCAAAGAGUGAGAGAGAGUGCAAAAGUUGAUUGAAUUUAUUUUUCAUUUUUGAAUGUGGAUUUAGAACAAUUUGAAGUUUAAAUGAUUAUCUUUUAUUUCCCGCGAGACAAAAUGAAAAAAAAAGUGUUUAACCUCAUUUUUUGCGAGGAAAAGAAAAUAGUAAUUCGGAUUAGGUUGUGAAAACGCCGCACAAUAGAAUAGAAAAACAACAUGAUGAAAACUGUUUUUCUCGCUCGCUCGCUCGCUUUGCUAACCCCAAACCGUCCUUGACUUGUUACGCUUUUCCUUUUCAUCUUCUUAUCCUUCCAUUUUUUUCCUUCUUGUUUUUUUGCGCAUUAGUUUAGAAUGAAUAAAUAUUUUAUUUUAUUUUAUUCGAUUCAUUUUUUGAUAGUCAUAUUUCUUUUAAUUGCUUGUUUAGACGAUUUUCUGCCUUGUAAAUGAGUUUUUUUGGUUUUGGAAAACAUAAGUCUCAAGGGGUAUGAAUUUUGAGUUCAGUUGAAAAAAUUGACAAGUUUCAAACAAUAUAUUUUUCUAUAUAUUCUUUGUACAUUUUUCGAGGCUGAGCAAGUUGAAAAAAGACUUCUAGUGAUUUCAAUUUAAAAAAAACUGGAUUGUUUUUACAAAAAAUUUUUUUUUUUAAAGAAUAUUUAUCAAAGUUUAAAAAUGAUCUACAUUUUUGGUAAAUUCAUAAUUAAUAAAUAUGAUACUGAAUUUAAAAAUUAUACUUUUUUUGAGAUACCAACACUGCACUUUACUAGAUCCAAGAGAAUAGUUGAUUUAUUUGUCACUAACUAACCACACUGAUUUUUGAUGCUUCUGUUUUUGUCGAAAAAUCUUUGCAACAUCGUUUGUUGCCGGAUUAUACACCUUCCUUCAAAAAAAAUACAGCCAAAACCACUCGAUCUAAAUACUUGUUCACUCAUUUUUUUUUCUUCAAUGUCAAUUUCAUCUUCAUUUUUUUCAUCUUUCAUUCAUGCUAGUACUUUUGCCUGCCAACUUUAUACCAAAGAGUUGUUGAGUUGACAAAAAUCGAGCUUGUGUUGAUGUUGAUUAAUUUAUUAGAAUUUCCCGGAAAAUCCCAUUAGUACUGGCAGCAGCGAUUUAUUUCGAAAAUGAGUUGGGACAACAGAAAAAAAAGAACAUUUUGCUUGUGUGAUUUCCGAACUUGGGCACACGACAGGAAAAAGCCGCUUAUCCGGCCACAAAAGUUCCAUUUUGUACACGAUAUCUGCCAAGUUUUUGUUUUAUUUUUGAAACUUGACUUGACUUGAUUCGCCUUCAUUUUUGAAAUUUCAAAGUUUGCGGAAUUUUUUAUACUUUUGAUUAUUUUAAUCAUGUACACUCUCUGCCUAUUUUUAUUUUACAAGUCUGCUUUGACAGCUACCCACGUUCUAGGAUCAGUUUUUAUUGAAGAUUUCCGGAUUCACUAAUCCUGCCAUAAACCUACACUUCCUAUUUUCGUCAGAAAACGAUUUUUCUGAGAUGAUCUAUAGUUUUUUAGUGAAAAUAUGAAGAAUUUCCGGGCUUUUUUGCGAACUAAAUCAACUUUGCUGUUUCUCAAAUUUCGUCCCUCCAAUUUCGUAUUUUUUGUCACUCUAUCUCAUCCCCCAUUUUUCCUAGUUUUUUUGCUCUGCUAUUUGUAGGAAGCAAUAAAUGUUCGCUUCCUUUUUUGAAUUGAAACCAAACCCGCAAAAAAAUCAAAUAACAAGAAACAAAAUGUGCAUGUUUUCAGCUUCAUCGAGUAUAGCAAUGAUUGAAAGAUGUGUUGUUGUUCAAAGACAAACUGAUGGGUUCGGACUUGUGGUUAGUGAGGAAUAUCCGGUUUUUGUGAGAGAAAUCAAGACGGAUGGAGCUGCUUAUUGUGCUGGUGUUCGACAGGGUGAUCGGAUUAUAAAGGUGAGCGGGGGGUUUUUUUUUUAAAUUUAAUUGGAAUGUUACAUUAAAAAUGUGAAAGAUUUAUUUAUCCUUGAAUAUUUACGGUCGUUGAAAUCAAACAAUGGUUUUGAUUGUGACAUGAAUAAAAAUACUUUUUCAAGUGUAUUUGGGUUGUUCAGAAAACAGAGAAGGAUGAGGAAAUAAAUAAUUUUAAAUAUAGAAUUUCGAUAGAAAAAGAAGAAGAACCUGAAUUUCACAAUUUUGAGUAUGAAAAACUAAUAAAAAACAUUAAAAAACAAAAUUUUCCUAUGCAGAAAAACGUCGAAAAAACAAAAUAUUUAUUAUUAUUAUUAUUUUUCAGUAGAGACAAAAUUGAGAGAGUGCAGACAGACAAAAUGAUGAAAAAAAAUGAUUUCGCACAAAAAAUACAAAACACUAAUUUUUCUGUCUGCGCUCUCUCAAUUUCAUGUUCUCUCCACUCAAAAAUAAUAAACAGUAUAUUUUGUUUUUUGACGUUUUUCUGCAUAGGAAAAAUAUGUUUUUCUUUAUAAUUAAUAAUUUUCUGUUCAUAUAAUGUCUGCUUAUUUGCGUUUGAAGUAAAAAAAAAUAAAAAUUUUGAUUUUUUUACUCAAAUCAUAAUUGUUUCAUUAACGAGUUUUUUUAAUCACAAAACAGCUUCAUAAAAAUUUUUCAGGUGAAUGGUAUGACAGUGACAAUGAACAAUCACACUGAAGUUAUCCGGAUGAUAUCAAGUAAGUUUUUUCUUCAAUUUCAUUUUACCAAAUCCCUAUUUGUCAUUUUCAGAUGGUCAAAAUGUUGCAUUGACAUUACUCGGAAAACCUCCUGAUCCACUACCCCCAAUAUCCAUAUCAAAUUCAAAGUUCGAACAGAAAAUUCAUAUUAAUGAUCCGGUUUUGAUCGAGGUUUGUUUUUUUUAUUUUUUAUUUGAAUUAUUCACUUUUUCAAUUUUUCUAGGCUUCUUCAAAAGAUUGGCGAUUGCGUCGGAAAGAAUUGUUAGGUGAAAUGAUGGAUGAGGAAAAACGACACAUUGAGGUGAGUGGUUUUUUAUCAAAUGUUUAUGGAUUUCUGAAUGGAUCUAUCUAUAUAGCUUUUUGUAUUCUAACAAAUUUGAAUGAUGGUACUGGCUGACAAGAAGAAUGAUACAUUUUGUGAAUUUUUUGGACUUCGCAACAGAACAUCGUGUUUAAUUGAAUAGAUCUGAAAAUCCGAAUGAACUUGAGCUAAUUUUAUUAAAAUCAUGCACUUUUUGUCGAAUAUUGAGAAAUCGUCGGAGAUGUUGAAGUCUGGGCAAACAAGAAAUUCUACGUUUUGAGAAAAAAAUGUUUUUGAAUGAUAAAUAAGUAAUUAGUGACUUAUUGUUAGUGAAAUUAAGAUUUAUUCCCUUAAAAUUCAAAUAUCUCAUUGGACUUGGAUUGAUUAAAAGCGACAUUUGAAUCUCUUCAAUUUUUUUGGCAGAGUUUCAAAUUAUUUAGAUUAAUCUUCAAAUUACAAUUCGACUGAUAAUUGAGAUUUUUUUCUGGAAAUUAGAUCAUUUUAGAAAUAGAAAAAAAUGAGGAUGAGAAAUUUACCCCUUCUUCAAAACUCUCGAGUUUAUCUGAACCCAUCUUAACGAGUUUUUCACUCGAGAUUUCAGAAUAAAACAAAUUUUGAAAUCAGAAGUCAAUAAAAAGUUUCGAUAACUCUCUUCUGAAUAUGUGCUGAUUCAAUUUUUCAAGUGUCACUAAUUUGGAAAAUGUGAAUCAAAAAUUAGAUUUGAAUAUAUAUUUUUCUAAAAAACUGUCGAUUAUAUUCUGCAAAGUUUUUUCUUCCAAAAAAAAACAUCGGCCACCAUUCUCAAUUUCCGAAAAAAAACACAACUGCCCAAAACUUUUGCAAUAAACAUUUGGAUACAGUAAUCCAUCUAACGUUCGUUUUUUGUCAAUUUUUCUCCACAUUCUUCCUCUUCCUCUUAUUUUUCAUCCAAAAAAAAAACAAGUGUCCCAAAACGUCUUGUUCAGUAGAAUUGGCGCAAGAAAAAAAAUAAACAUUUGUCUAUGUCUUUUCAAGUUGGGAGCAAUGUCUAUCUAUCUAUCUAUCUAUCCCUAUUGAGAAAGAAAAAAGGCGAGGAAAAGAUUUGUUCAGCUCCUUUUAUAUUGUUGUUCUUCAACUUGUUCUUCUUCUUUCUUCGUCACCAUUGCUGACCCCUUUUUAGCUCUUUUUGUCUUUUUUUGUGUGUGUUGCAUAUUCGACUCACCCCACACCAAAAACAUCACCAACACCACUAUGACAAAAGAAGAAGUUUAUCUCUCACUUCGAUUUUUCUUCGUCUUCUUCUUCUUCUUGUUAUUCCUCAGUUUGUCGUCCCGAUGCUUGCAAUCACACAGAUUCUUCUUUUUUCCUCAAGUUUUCCCCUUUUCCCUCUGAUUCCACAAAACGAGAUUUUAUUCAAUUUUGCUGGUUGUAAAAUAUAUACUUUUUUGAUGACUUGACUUGUGACUUUACUAGGAUCUCUGUUUUUUUUGUUGAAAACUUCUGGAUAUUCAUUUGUUUGUGAAAGAGGAAGGAUUUAGAAUGUAGUAUGAUGUGAGCAUUAUUUCUAAAACAAUUAUACUCUUUUAUAUUGAGAUAAUAGGAUUACCAUUAUUUGUAUGGAUGUUUGGAUUUCUCUUGGUUGUGUUUCAUUUUUUUUCUGAUAAAUUUCUUUCUGAUGAGAGAAUUUGAAGUUUGACUAGAUUGAAUGUAAACGUUUCUUGAAUGGUAGAAAAAUUUGAGUUUUAAGUUUUGAAUCAAAUUUAUUUCAAUUGUAGAAAUCACAAAAUUUCAGAACCAGCGUUGAAUUUUUGAUAUAUUCAGAACAUAUUAAAAAAAAUUCUGAAAGUGUUCUGUUUUUCUUUUUGGAAACUCACAAUUUCUUCAUAUUUGGAUAUAUCAAAUAUUAUGAAAUAUGUGAACGUUUAUUCAGUGGUAGAAUCCAGAAUUUCCACUUCUUUGAAAAAUAAUUUCAGUUUUAAUUUUUGAAUUGAAUUUAUAUUGAAUCCAGAAAUCGGUAAAUUUAAGAACUAGUGUUGAACUUUAAAUAUUUUCAGAACAUUUUGAAAAAAAUUAUAUCAAAUUCUGAACAUUUUUUAUUUUUUUGGAAACACACAAGUUCUCUAUAUUUUUUUAAAAUCAAAUAUUACGAAAUGUUUUCCCAGUUCUUAAAAAAACCAAACUUCACAUCCUUCCACCCAUGAUGUGACCUUUUUCAGACUUAUUGAAUAUUCAAUUUUCAAGAAACCAAAAAAAAAACCUCUUUGUAUGUUUUAACAAAAUUAAAUUCAUUUCCAUUCUCUUGUAGCCUUUCAUCUUUUCUUAUAUUUCUCAGAAUUUCGUUUCCAUUCCCAUGAGACAUUUGUUGUAUGUUUGGUGGUUGUGACACAAAGUUUUCAGGGUCUUCGCGAAUCGUCGCAAAAUGUGGACAAAAUUGAUCGAGCACUGAAACGGAUUGUAUCAUUGCAGUCACAAUUGAAACAUAUUAAACCGAUCACAAACGAGUAUCAUAAAACUUUGGUUGGUUUGAUUUUUAGGGAGAAUGGGAAUGCAUUUUUUCGAAAGCAUGAACACUAACACAAAAAAUCAUACUUGGAAAUGAAUUUUUUGAAAAAGCAAAAAAUUUCAGACAAAUUUGCCGAUGGAUAUUGAUAGCGAUGAAGAUGAAAACGAUGUAUAUUUAGUGAGUUUGCAAAUUAAAAAAAUAUAAUUUGACAAUAAAAAUGAAUAUUAUAGCCCGAGACACAGGGAGGACCAUUUUCCAACUUGGCCGAACUCAAAACUCAUCCUGCUCAUCUAGCAGUGUUUAUCAAUUAUCUAUUAUCCAACGGAAAUCCUAGUAGCUUGGUAGGGUUUUUUCUCAAAAGAAAAAUUUGUCCAUAAAUAAAAUUUUUUUCAGUUUUUCUAUUUGAUCACCGACGCAUAUCAAUCCGCUUAUGGAACGGCAAAAGAAUUUCGCCGUUGGGCAUUUGAAAUUUUCUCAACGUUUAUCAUUCCAAAUUCGCCAAUGUGUAUACCAAACUCAGAUCAGAGUAUUAUUCAACCAAUUGAUAAGGUAAAUUUAAGAAAAUAAAAUUAUGUAGGUUUCAAAUAUAAAAAUAAUGAGAAAGUAUGGUUUUUAUAGUUUUCAUGUAUAAUUUCUAUCAAUUUUCUAUUCCCAAUUCAAAAUCUUGUUCUUUUUCAAUAAUUUUUCUCCGCUACCACACACACUUCAAAAAACCAACACAUAGAAAAAUUGCGAGAGAAAAAGAGAAGAGACAUUCUUGUCACUAGCCUCUUUUUCUUUGGCAAAUGUGUCCUCGGUAGUAUAGUGGUGAGUAUCCGCGUCUGUCACAUGCGAGACCCGGGUUCAAUUCCCGGCCGGGGAGAAAUUUUUUUGCUUUUUCUUUGCUCUCAUUAUUAUUUUUUUCCGGAAUGAGGAAAAAAUGACAGCGGAAGCAAUAUUUUAUAUGAUAUGAAUGUAGAGGGAAACCAACAAAACCAAAAAAAAAAUAAUUGCUCAAUUAUUCUUUUUCUGCAGAUAAUGUGCAUCACCGCCGAUCAUAUUGGGGAUAGUGAUGCCGAUACAUUAAAACGGGUUUUUGUUCCGGGAAGGCAGCGAGCAGUUGCUGAUAUUAAUAUGUAUUUGAAUGAUUUUCGACAGAAAAAACAACUCGGUGGACAGAUUUCGGAAUCUGCUAACCAGUUAACACAUAUGGUUAGAGGUGAUAUGGCUAUGGAACAUAGAGUAAGAACAUAUACCUUCAAAUCUUACAAUUUAAAAUAUUGGUGUUGUUUUAGGUUGGAGAACAGAUGUUAUUUCGAGCUUUGGAACAAUACAGUUCCCCAACAGAUUUUGAUAACUGUGAAAUCAAAACUCAAGCAAUUAUUAGUAGUUUAACAACAGUUAUUAAAAUUGUGCUUGGCAAAACAUCCACGUCGACUUAUGAAAAGCUUCUCGAUAAAUUUCCGCAAUUUAUAGCUAGAGAUAAACCGCAAAGUAAAACUCGAAAGCUCCCAGCAAACAUGAAAAAUCGAACUCAAGUGAAAGGUCAUACAUUUUCAAUAAAUUCAGUAAACACAGUGCAUUAUUGUUAUCAAUGUCGAGAUGCGAUUUGGGGAAUGCAGCCGUGGAUUUAUUUUUGUUCAAGUAAACAAAACCUAAUUUAACUUCAGAAUCUAUAUAUUAUUUUAGAUUGUGAUGUCAAAGUUCAUCCACAAUGUACAAGUUCUUUGACUGAUGCGUGUUAUCCGAUGACACAAACCAAAACAAAAGUGACAAAAUCUAGGCUUUCUGGAUUGAUUGGAAGAUCGGAUAAUACUGAAGAAGAUGAGCCCUCAUCAAACACAUAUAAACACGAUCCAUCAAAUGUGAAAUCGACAAGUUCGGAUAGUGGAAUUGGCAACGAUUCGCACAAUCAUGAUAGAAAUAUUAUAGCUAGAUCAAAUAGUAUGAGAUAUAGAAUGGUAAGAGAAAAAAAGAGAUUUAAAUUUUUUUUCAAUUUCAAGAAUUCUAAACAUAGGGCGUUUCCAUUUUCUAAUCAAACAUUCAACCAAUUUUGGUAUUUUCCAAAACUCUUGUUUCAAUUUAACUCCAUAUGUUUUCAGUCAACGAUUCCGCAAUCAGUAUCCGAAGAUAAAGUGACAGUUCCAAAACGAGAUCGAUCUUCGAAUUGGCAAAGCCGAACACCCGGACAUGACCUCACUCCAGCAGAUGAAACCGAUGAGGAAGCAAUUCGAGAAAGAAGGAUGAAAAUAAUUGAAAAUAGGUGAGAACAAUGUGAAAAUAAAUCAAACAUGAGAAAAAAAACACACAAAGAAAACAAAUAUACUGUAGAAAUCUUAUUAAAUUUGAACAAAAAUCAUAAAUUUUGAGCUUCUUUUGGAGCAUAUAAAAGAGCAUUCUUGAAUCAUCUUGAAUUCAUAUUGAAAAUUUCUAACAUUCUAACUAACUAUGAAAUUGCUGAAACGAAUAAGAAAACGAUUACGCAAGUGUUUUAGCACUUCUCGAUCUGUGGAAAGUUCAAAUCGGAUGGCAAUCGAUUUGCAAAGUGUGAGUGGGGCGUCUAGUUGUUCACAUCAUAGUCAUCCAACCGAUGAUGAGGUGACUUUCAAUUUAUUUUUUUCUCAAAAAUUCAUUUUUACCUAAAAAACUAACUGUAGAUAUAUACAAAGAAAACAACGACUCUUCAGUUUUCCACUUUUAUGGAUGGCGAUAGUGAUUUUGAGCUGGAAACUGAGGCAACUCCAUUGGAACAACUUAUUGGAUGGGAUGUUAUUCGACAUUUGAAACCAAAAGAAAAAAAGAGACAAGAAGUUAUCAAUGAGUUAUUUCACACUGAAAGAACUCAUGUUAGGAAUUUGAAAAUCCUUUAUCAUGUUUUCUACAAACCUUUGGCGAAUAAUAAUAAAUUGAUGUCUGAUGAAGUGACAAAGCUUCUUUUUGCAAAUCUGGAAGAUUUGCUAAAUCUUCACAAGAAAAUGUCAGAUGCUAUGAGAGCAGAAGUUCAGAAGGUAUGGUAAAAAAUAUUUUCUUUUUUGAAGCUUCAGUCCUCCAAGUUCAAUAAUUCACUCUAAUUUUUUUUCAGUGGCGUACUGGUCCACCACGACCAAAUGGUGGAAUAUAUGGAAAUAUUGGGGAUCUGAUGGAAAGUAUGUUUGAUGGUGAAGCUGCUGCAGAGCUUAUGGAAAUCACAUCCACAUUUUGUCAACAUCAACAACAUGCUCUGGAGUUUCUUCGCUCUCGAUGCAAAAGAGACAAGGACGAUUAUUUUGUCAGAUUUUUGAGUGAAGCUGAAUCGAAUCCAGUGUGUCGAAAACUUCAACUCAAAGAUAUGAUUCCAGUUGAAAUGCAGAGAUUAGUCAAGUAUCCAUUGCUUUUGGAAACUAUUGCGAAAUAUACCACUGAGCCAAGCGAGGUAGACAAAAUUACCAAUAUAUUUUUUUAAAUUGGAAAACAAAUAAAUAUUUUUCAGGAGCAAGACAAACUUUUGAAAACCGUCACAUCUGCCAAGAAAAUUCUGAGCGCUGUAAAUACAGCAAAACGAAAUGCUGAAAAUUACAGACGACUAGAAGAGCUGCAAAGAAGAAUUGAUACAACACCAUUCGACAAAGAAUUCAGUGGACACGAUUACGCAUCGUUGAAUCUGACAAAAUAUCGAUUAGUUCACGAUGGUCCUUUGACUUGUAGAUUUAAUCGUGGAAAAAUGGUUGAGUUGCAUGUAGUUCUUUUGGAAAAUAUGCUGGUUUUAUUGACAAGACAUAGUGAUGGAAAUAAAUUACAGCUAAAGGUAGCCCUCGCGGAAUUUAAGUUUAUUAAAAUUUCUAAUUUCAGACAUUGGAACCUUCCAAAGAAACCAAAUGGUCACCAAUUUUUCCAUUAUCACCAUUAAUUGCCAAAGAGAAGGCGAAUGAUAAGCGUGCAUUCUUCUUGAUUUUCAACAGUCAAUACGGUGCCCAAAUUUAUGAAUUAGUUGCUGGAACAGCAACCGAAAGAAAAACGUGGUUCAAAUUAAUGAGCGAUCAAAUUGAGCAAGAAAAGAAGCACCAAACAAUUGGAAUUGAGCCAAACUUUGAAGUUGGUCAAACAACUUUGGAUUCUGAUGGAAUUGCAAAAGUGAAUGUUUCAACUCAUCCAAGACUUGUGAAUGCAAAUGAGAUAACAAUUCAACAACCGACUAUUUUGGAGCAUGCACAACCGGUGUUAACACCUGCCGAGAAAUUGAAAAGAUCUGAUGAGAUUAUUCUUCAAACUCUUCUCGCGAAACAAACUAUUUUGUCACAAUUUCUUCUUUCAGAUGAUGCCGUAAGUUUUUUAUUGUUAUCAAUUUCAUGUAUGUCCUUUGCAAAUUUUUUUUUUCAGAAAGGAAAACCCGAGGAGCUUGAAAAGUUAGCUGAAUUAUUGAGCGGAUUAGCAGUUACUGAUUUAAAACAACGAGAUGGAAGAGAACUCGCAAUGUCAGCAAUCGUUCAUGGAAAUCGGCUUCUUGAUAGUAUUAAUCAGAGUUUGAAUAUUCGAAGAGAUUAUAGUGAUGAUGGCCGGAGUAUUGUUGUUUUGGAGAAUCAGGAGCCCAAUGUGCCAUCGGUACCAUCAUAUAAGGUGGGUUAAGGAAAAAGCAAGAAGAAGAAGGCAACUUUAUUUUCAAUUAAUUCCAGUUAACCACCAUCGCUGCACCUUUGAUGAAUCACUUAAAAGCACUAAUGCAAGUUAUUCAAGAUCAACAAAAUGAGUUGAAUGUUGUCAAACAACAAUUGUUACAUUAUAAAGUGAGUUUGAACCUACAGAUUUUUUAAGAGUUUUUUUUAAUUUUCUCAUAUUUUCAGAAAAUCGCAACCGAAAACGAAAAUCGAUCAGUGAGUGAAGAAACUUUGACAGAUUGUGUUGAUGAACGAAAAUUGAUGACAAAACGUCAAAGACUUCCAUCGAUUCAACCAAUGACUUGA